AUGAAAAAUAGGAAGAAAAGCGACGAUCGAUGGUACAGUAUUAAAAUACAACCUGUAAUUCAGGCUGUGUCCAAGAACCUAACAGGACCCACCACACGCCGAUGGAUAGUCAUCUCUCUUGUGGUGUUGGGAGCAGAGGCAGAAGCAAGAGAGAACGCGACGAGACGGUUGCUGGAGUUUUGUUCCCUAGAGCUGGUAAGCCGCUUUUAA